UCACCCCUUAGCUAGUCACAUACAUUGUGAGACUCUCCAACCUCUCUCUCUCUCUCAUGGAUACUUUUGCCAUCGGCGCGUUUCUUAUGGUGCUCUCUCUUCUGCACCAUCAUGUACUCGGAAGUCGACAGUACUCUACUGAAGGAUGUGAUCUUUUCCAAGGAAGAUGGGUUUAUGAUGAAUCAUAUCCUCUCUAUACUUCAUCACAAUGCUCCUUCAUAGAGAAGCAAUUCGAUUGCCUACAAAAUGGUCGUUCCGACAAAUUCUAUCUCAAAUUCCGAUGGCAGCCCACUCACUGCAACUUAACAAGGUUCAACGGUGAAGAUUUCUUGCAAAUAUUUAGAGGAAAAAGCUUCAUGUUCGUUGGGGACUCGUUGAGUUUGAAUCAAUGGCAAUCACUCACUUGUAUGCUUCAUACAUCCAAUCCACAGACUCAAUAUAAACUCUACCGGACAGGAGGACUAUCCACAUUCGCCUUCCCAGCAUACAGUAUGAAGGUCAUGUUCUCUCGGAAUGCAUUUCUUGUUGAUACAAUAAACACAACUGCUGGUCGAGUUCUUAAACUUGACUCUAUCGAAAGUGGGAAACUGUGGAUGAAUAGUGAUGUUCUGAUCUUCAACUCAUGGCAUUGGUGGCUUCACACCGGAAGGAAGCAACCUUGGGAUCUAAUUCAAGAAGGGAGCCGUACAUACAAAGACAUGGAUCGCUUAGUUGCUUACGAGAAGGCGCUCAUGACAUGGGCUAGAUGGGUUGCUACCAAUUCGGAAUCAACAAAAACAAGAGUUUUUUUCCAAGGCGUUUCCCCAGAUCAUAAUAAUGGAAGUGAAUGGGGAGAGGCAACCUCAAGCCAAUGUGAAGGGCAAACGCAACCAAUGUCGGGUGAUGCGUAUCCGGCAGGUUCACAUCCAGCAGAGGUAGUAGUAGAAAGAGUGCUGCGUUCUAUGUCAAACCCAGUUCAUUUGCUAAAUGUCACAACCCUUUCACAACUAAGAAAAGAUGGGCAUCCAUCUGUGUACGGUCACGGUGGUCACAGGGACAUGGACUGCAGCCACUGGUGUCUAGCUGGAGUUCCUGAUACCUGGAAUCAACUCCUAUACGCAUCUCUGAUAAAAAGCAAAACCAGUUACGAUGUGGACUCGGAAAAUUAUAAAUAAGAUGUAAGCGCUCAGGUUUAGUCAAAUUGGCGAUUCCAUCCAAUGUAACAAAGAAAAAUAUGGUUUACAUAAUAACUGAAACGUACCAAGGUUACAGGUGGCAAUUAUUGAAUGGUUAGAGUAUGAUAAGGAGAAAUAAGGAGAGAUGUAGAGGAUUGUCCACCUAGCAAGUUAGUUAGAAUUGUUGGGAUAUAACUGAUGUAAUCCAUUACAAUUGGUCUCAUUCAAUACAAUUACCCUUUCUUCUUC